CUAUAAGAGAAUCCGCGAAGACGAAGGCAUACACUUUCGACAUUCAGGUGUUGAUUCGCGUUUCGGACGGUUCACAUUGUUUCGAACAAUAAGUAAAUUUUCGUUAAUUUCUGUUCUCAAUUCGGUUGUUUUUGUUUUGUGUUUCCCUAAUAAGAAGCCCUUGUUCGAUUCGUUCCUGCAAUAAUUUAGAAAAUAAAAUGCAAAUCACAUUGACUUGAAUUACAAUUUGAUUGAACGAAACAAAAAAAAGAAGAAAUUUAAUAAUUUUUUUUUCUCUGUUUACCAUUGUGAUUUCUUUUGAGUGUGGAUGUCUUAUUUGUAUGUGAAUGCAUUUUUAUCUUUUUUCGAAACGGGCGAGUAUAUGAUAUUUGCCAGUCGGUAUCGUAUCAGUUUCAUUCAUAAUUUGCUUGCUGUCGGCGAUUGACAUAAUUUGAUUUGAAUUGACUGUAUUCAAAGGCGCUCGCUCGUGUCGGUGAUUGUUGAUUUAUUUUGCAUAUUUUCUGUCCGUUCAGUGCGAUUUUAAUUAUUGUGGUGAAUUAAAAACAAAAAAAAAGAACAAGAAAAUGAUCAAAUUAACUGACCUAUUUUCGUUUGCCUGGUCGUAUACAAAUUCACGCGUUGUCGAUUACUAUCGUCACUAUUUUUCGGAAGUGUGUACUGUAACGACGAAAUCGGGCCCAGUGAAAGGUUAUAAAAUCGCGUCUGCCUUUGAUUAUCGUUACAUUAAUUUCGUUGGAAUACCGUACGCAAAGGCACCUGUUGGUGAACUUCGCUUCAAGGAUCCCCAACCGUUGGAACCGUCAACCGAAAUUAUAAAUCAACAAUUUGGUCGCAGCGGUUCAUUGGCAUGUCAAGCGGAUUUGGUAUCACAGCGAUCAAUUGGAAAUGAAAAUUGUCUACAUUUAUCGGUGUACACCAAAGACAUUAAACCUGACACAUUAAAACCGGUAAUGGUUUGGAUUCAUGGUGGCGCAUUCAUUUUGGGUUCAAACUCAAAAGAUUUUUAUAAUCCGGAAUUUUUGCUACGCAAAGAUGUGGUUGUUAUCGCAAUCAAUUAUCGCUUGGGUGCAUUUGGAUUUGCAUCGUUCAAAGACCCCGAAUUGGGCAUUCCCGGAAAUGCUGGACUUAAAGAUCAAGUGAUGGCCAUGAAAUGGAUAAAAGAGAAUUGCACGCAUUUUGGCGGAGAUCCGGAAAAUAUCACAUUGUUUGGUGAAAGUGCUGGCUCAGCAUCUGUAUCAAUGCAUAUGUUAUCGGAUAUGUCGAAAGGGCUAUUUCAUAAAGCGAUUAUGAUGUCAGGCACAGUUUAUGCACCAUGGGCACUGUCUCCAGUAAAAGAUUGGACGCAGCGCGUUGCAAAAAAACUUGGUUGGACUGGUGAAGGUGGCGAAAAAGCCUGUUUGAAUGUCCUUCAACGAGCUUCACACGAUGCAAUUAUUAAAGUACAAGAAUCUACAUUGACCUUAGAAGACCGUAAACGUUACACGAUGUUCCCAUUUGGGCCAGUUGUUGAACCAUAUGAAUCGUCUCAGUGUUUCUUAAAAAAAGACCCAAAAGAAUUAACCGCAUCAGCAUGGAGUAAAGAUAUCCCACUAAUCGUUGGAACCUGUUCAGAUGAAGGACUCUUAUUUUACAAAAUGACAAUGAAAAAGCCGAGCCUAAUGUCAAAAUUAAAACUGGAAUAUACAUUACCAUUCCACGAACUAGACAUUGAUGUCGAUAGUGAUCAAACCCGUGAACUGGGCAAACAACUGAAAAAAUUCUACUUUGGAUAUUCAGCAUUAAGUGUUGAAACCAUUUUUGUAUAUUUAAUGAUACUACACGACAAAUUCUUUGGACAUCCAACCCAUCGAACAGUUUUACAACGAACAAAAAAUCAAAGUGCGCCAACCUAUUUGUUGCGUUUUAAUUUCGAUUCAACGUACAGUUUAACGAAAAAGAUAUUUGCUGGUCGAAAUGUUCCAGGUGUUUGUCAUGCCGAUGAUUGUUCGUACUACUUUCGUUCGGUGUUUUCUGGCAUGGAUCCAGCGCAAAAUUCAGAUGAAUGGAAAACAAUGGAACGAAUGACCGAAACAUUUACCACAUUCGCAAGAACGGGUGAUCCAAAUAAUGAAAGCAUUGCGCCAAUCCAAUGGAAACCAGUGUCACUGGAAACCGGCGAUAAAAAUGUAAAAAAAUACAUGUGCUUAAAUAUUGCCAAAGAAGUUAGCUACAUUGACUGGCCAGAAUUGGAUCGUAUGCAGUAUUGGGAUCAUAUCUAUAAAAAAUACAAUAAGAAUCUCGUUUAAAACACGACACUUACUUUAGGUCGGUUGUAUUUUUUAUGUAUUAAGUUUAUGUGUUCUCUGGUAAAAAGCUUGCCCAAGGUUUAUUAGAUAUUAUCACAAAACGGUUUAUAUAUAUAUAUGCUUUGCAACAAGAAAUUUGAAAGAAAAUGGAACAAAAUAAAGAAAAAUUACUCCCAAUUUUUGUAUAGCCUUAAGAAUUUAUUAUCAAAUAGCUCUAUCUAUCAUUGGCGAAUGAAACAUGUUGUUUUUUUAUAAAUUUGUAUUUUUAUAGCUUUAAGAGAUAAAAAUCUUCACUUCCUUCCUUUAUUUUGGUAUUAAACAUUUUCUUGUUAUAAAAAUAGAAA